UCAUGAAGACAGCACGGUCCGCGGACCCUGCGGUGGACACGGGACGACCUCUGCUUCAUGUUGGGCUCCAAGGAGGAAAAUAACCCCCAUGUUUGGGUCUGAGGGGCCUCCUGUAAUGUGAUCUUCAUCAUCAUCCUCAUCAGACAGCGACAGGAGGAGGACAGGAGGAGAGAGGCCGGCCCACCGAGACGCUCUGCCCGGGGAAAGGCAUGGAUGAGAGGUUAUGUGUGGCCCCUCCUUAAAGGCCUGUGUCGCCCCCAGCCUCCGGUCCCUCUGUGAGCAUGUAUCGCAGGAACGGACUUUCUGAUGGCACCAGCAUCAACUCCAUCACCUCAGAGGCGAGCAGCAGCUCUGACUCUCUGGAUGGACCGUGUGUUGACUACGCCAAAAGCUACGACGCCGUCAUCUUCGACGUGCUGAAGGUGACGCCCGAGGAGUUCGCUAGUCAGAUCACCCUGAUGGAUGCUCCGGUGUUUAAAGCCAUUCAGCCUGAGGAGCUGGCGAGCUGUGGUUGGAACGGGAAAGAGAAACACAGUUUGGCUCCAAACGUGGUGGCGUUCACUCGACGGUUCAACCAGGUGAGUUUCUGGCUGGUCAGAGAAAUCCUGACUGCUCAGACUCUGAAGAUCCGAGCGGAGAUCCUCAGUCACUUCAUCAAGAUCGCCAAGAAACUGUUGGAGCUGAAUAACCUACACUCUCUGGUGUCGGUGGUUUCUGCUCUGCAGAGCGCUCCCAUCUUCAGACUCAGCAAAACCUGGGCGCUCAUCAGCAGGAAGGACAAAGCCACGUUCGAGAAGUUGAACUAUCUGACAUCUAAAGAAGAAAACUACACCAGAAUGAGAGAGUACAUCCGCUCCCUGAAGAUGGUGCCCUGCAUCCCCUACCUGGGGAUCUACCUAUUGGACAUGAUCUACAUCGACUCGGCCUACCCGGCGUCAGACAGCAUCAUCGAGACGGAGCAGAGGACCAAUCAGAUGAACAACCUGCUGAGGGUCAUCUCUGACCUGCAGAUGUCCUGUAACUACGAUCACCUGGUGACUCUCCCUCAUGUUCAGAAAUAUCUUCAGUCGGUCCGCUACAUCGAGGAGCUGCAGAAGUUUGUAGAAGACGACAACUUUAAACUCUCUCUGAAGAUCGAACCUGGGAACAGCUCUCCUAGAAUCGCCUCCUCUAAAGAAGACCUGGCAGGUCUGUCGGAAGUUUCCGUCUCCAUGAGGUACAACCGGCGCCCCACCUGCCCCGACGCCUCCGUGGGGGUCCAUAUCCCCACGCCCCCUCCCUCCCACCACAGGAAGAGCCACAGUCUGGGGAACAAUAUGAUGUGUCAGUACGGGAUGUCAGAGAGCCGCAGCGCCACCUUUCCCAUAGAGAAAGCACGCCACCUGCUGGACGACAGCUUCCUAGAGUCUCAGAGUCCGGUCAGGAACGACCCUCAGAGCACGUCUGUGUCCAACGGCCUCUCCCUGGGCAGCAGUGAAAGCUCCUUUGGGGAGGAGUUAUCACCGGGGAUGGAGAGGGGUCGCAUGUACGCCACUCUGGGUCCCAACUGGAGGGUCCCUCUCCGAAACUCCCCCCGGAGCCGCAGCUAUGUUUACAGCUCGUCCGCUGCCACCUCGUGCUACGGCUGCAGCGAGACGGGCAGCGUGACCAUCGAAGGACCUCUGAGGAGAAAAACACUGCUGAAGGAGGGACGCAAACCCCGGCUGUCCUCAUGGACCAGGUUCUGGAUCUCUCUGUCUGGAUCUACACUGACGUUUUAUGGAGCCAAAGCUCUCAGAGCCUCUGAGAGGAAACAUUAUAAGUCCAGUCCGUGUAAGAAGGUCUGUGUGACGGGCUGGAUGGUGGUUCUUCCCGAUGACCCAGCCCGACCAAACAUCUUCCAGCUCAAUGACCCAGAUAAAGGUAAUGUUUACAAGUUCCAGACUGGAUCCAGAUUCUCUGCCAUCAUCUGGCACAAAAACCUGGAGGAGGCGUGUCGGAGCAGCAGACCUCAGAUACCAGCCAACCUCAUGUCGUUUGAAUGAGCUCAGACUGAAACAGCAGGAUGUUAACGUGCCAAACCGCCACUUUUGAGAAGUACUGACUGAACCGUGAAUACGGAGCACUGUGACGGCGUUGGAAGAAGAAUUUGGACGUCACACCUGCAGCCUUCUUUACCUGGAUGACAUCAGAUUAAAGCUCCGGUCUGGUGGUUUGCUGAUGUUCAUUUUUAUUCUCUAAGCUGCUAAAAAACCUGUGAACACAUCGAUUUAUGGCCCAUGUUGGGUUUCUGCUCCGAAGGACAAGAGGAGAAAACUGGACUCAGUGUUAACGAGGGACAGGGAGCUUCGGUCUGGGAUCCAGGAGGAAAAAUCUGUUUAAGUGUUUAAAUCUUUGGAAGCACUGGAGUGAAAGAAGACAACAUCCCAACGUCUGAGUUUGAAGUCAUGAUAUAAAAGGAAAAAACAAGAAAUCAGAUCAGCAGCAGUGACGGUGACCCCGUUUACACCUCACAUUAACAUCCAUGCUGUAUAAUCAGAUACACAGAGGUAAACUUUCAUUCUUAAUGUGAACAAACCCGCAUGGAACCAGAAUGAUGCAGAGGAGGUCUGGACUGGACUGGUUCUGUAGACACAUUAGAGAACGGCCAGUCAGCUGACCUGAUCAGCUGGAUUCUGAUAGUAAAAUCUUUAUUUAUGUCUGUCCAGUCUCAGCCUGAUGGGGACUGUGGCUCUAAUUAGAGAUCUGGAUUAUUCGUUGCAUCUCUGUAGUAAGAUCCAGUCUGCCAGGCCCAGCUCUUCAUUGUGAACCAGUUUGACUUUUUUAUGUCUUAAAACAAGAAAAAUGGAAAAAAAAACAUACAGGAGCUGGCUCCUGUCAUUGACUAUUUUUAUUUGUUUUAAGGAUUCUAGAUAGGAACAGGACUAGAGGAAGGAAUGGGCGUAGAAAGAGAGAGCCAAUGAGAAAGAAGCCACUGAGGUUUGACAUAAACCUGGGGCCACCUUCUGGAGCUGGUAGAUGAGCUCAGCUACCAUAUUAUAGCUGGUAGAUGAGCUCAGCUACCAUAUUAUAGCUGGUAGAUGAGCUCAGCUACCAUAUUAUAGCUGGUAGAUGAGCUCAACUACCAUAUUAUCACUGGUAGAUGAGCUCAGCUACCAUAUUAUAGCUGGUAGAUGAGCUCAACUACCAUAUUAUAGCUGGUAGAUGAGCUCAGCUACCAUAUUAUAGCUGGUAGAUGAGCUCAACUACCAUAUUAUAGCUGGUAGAUGAGCUCAGCUACCAUAUUAUCACUGGUAGAUGAGCUCAGCUACCAUAUUAUCACUGGUAGAUGAGCUCAACUACCAUAUUAUAACUGGUAGAUGAGCUCAACUACCAUAUUAUCACUGGUAGAUGAGCUCAACUACCAUAUUAUAGCUGGUAGAUGAGCUCAGCUACCAUAUUAUAACUGGUAGAUGAGCUCAACUACCAUAUUAUAACUGGUAGAUGAGCUCAACUACCAUAUUAUCACUGGUAGAUGAGCUCAGCUACCAUAUCAUCACUGGUAGAUGAGCUCAACUACCAUAUUAUAGCUGGUAGAUGAGCUCAGCUACCAUAUUAUAACUGGUAGAUGAGCUCAACUACCAUAUUAUCACUGGUAGAUGAGCUCAGCAACUAUAUUAUCACUGGUAGAUGAGCUCAGCUACCACAUUAUAGCUGGUAGAUGAGCUCAGCUACCACAUUAUAGCUGGUAGAUGAGCUCAACUACCAUAUUAUAGCUGGUAGAUGAGCUCAGCAACCAUAUUAUCACUGGUAGAUGAGCUCAGCAACCAUAUUAUCGCUGGUAGAUGAGCUCAGCUACCAUAUUAUAGCUGGUAGAUGAGCUCAGCUACCAUAUUAUCGCUGGUAGAUGAGCUCAGCAACCAUAUUAUAGCUUGUAGAUGAGCUCAGCUACCAUAUUAUAGCUGGUAGAUGAGCUCAGCUACCAUAUUAUAGCUGGUAGAUGAGCUCAGCUACCACAUUAUAGCUGGUAGAUGAGCUCAGCUACCAUAUUAUCGCUGGUAGAUGAGCUCAACUACCAUAUUAUAGCUGGUAGAUGAGCUCAGCUACCAUAUUAUCGCUGGUAGAUGAGCUCAGCAACCAUAUUAUAGCUGGUAGAUGAGCUCAGCUACCAUAUUAUAGCUGGUAGAUGAGCUCAGCUACCAUAUUAUAGCUGGUAGAUGAGCUCAGCUACCACAUUAUAGCUGGUAGAUGAGCUCAGCUACCAUAUUAUCGCUGGUAGAUGAUCCGGUUUAAAGAGCCAACUCUCUUCGUGAAUGUUUUUAAAAGAAAUAAGAAGUCAUAUUGGAACCCAGUCUAGAGGACUGUGAUGAGUGAAGCUGGGCAGACAUAAAUUAGCUAAACCCCAGAAACCCUUAGAGCCAGGAGGAUGAUGUUUGGUCUUAAAGACCUGGGUGGUUCUGGUCCAAUCACAGGUCGUCCCUGCAGAUAUACUGUUCAUGUAAAGAACUGUAAACUGGUUAUCUAAUCUCCAGCAUGGAUGUUCAUGUAAACGUAAACCUGAUCACUCACCUUCAGCGCUGGGACACACAGCAGGACUGAGUUUCUUUCCAAAUUAAAGCCUCUUAUUGUACAGAAACAUACAGACCGAUGAAGAUGACCCUGCCCUCACUACCUCAGCCGGUAGUCAUCCUGUAAAGCUCUUAGUUGGUCGUGUACAGAACCAAACCGUUUACAGAUCAAAUAUUUUGUACAGAACUAACAGGAUCCGAUAAAAGAGACAAAGACGAUGUAAAGUGAGCGACAGCUGCGUCUGCUUGCCCAUCUUAAACUCACCAUGGCGUUUUAAACACUCCUCUGUAUAUAAGCUGUAUUUAUUUGUAAAAGAGUUUAUUUUUUGAACAGUCGGCCAUAAAAAGGGAAACGGUACGAUGGAUUUUCCUGGAUUCAGCUGCUGCUCACAGACUGCCGGUGGAUGACACCUUAAAACAGAAGAAUGAAGGACUGUGGACAGAGACGGUUCCAUCAGCAUCUCUGCUGUUAAUAAUUAUAAUCUGCUUUAAAAGCUGCGUCUUCUGUUUGAUUUAAAGGAACAUUCUGCUGCAUUACUGCUCUGAUUUCUCCAGGUCUAGACAGUUUUCCUUCCAGUCAUAAAGAGGUAAUGAGUGAGAUCUGGGAAUGUUUUCUGAUGAAGCAGUCUGAAUCUCUGCAGGGAGAUAAGACUAAAAACUGUUGUCAAACUCCAGAACAGCCUCUAAACUGAACAAAAACCCCAACAUUGGCAGUGUUAUGAUACCAAAAAAUGUCCGAAGUUUUAUGCAUUUAAGUGCAAUAAAAAUAAAGAGCAGGUGUUUGCUUGCAAUUCUUGAUAAUUAAAAACAAGAAAUGAGCAAAUAUAAGGAAGUUGUUGCAAAUGACAGGAUAAUUUUUAGUCCUCAGCCGUUAGAGCAUGAUUCAGACUGAACAAACCUCCCAAAGAUUAAAUCCUCUAAAGUCACUGUUCCACAUUAUUCUGCACAUCAGAGUUUAAAACAUUUUAGAGGCUGUAAAGGAGUGAAAAUGUUCAUUAUUGAAUCUGCAGCAUCAGGAGGUCAUAUUUACUGAAAUCAAAGCUAUUUCAGUCACAAACAUCUGAACAGGCCCAGUUCAUGUUAACAUAGGAGCCCUU